UAUAUUUUAUUAUAUGCAUAUUUAUAUGAAGGUGAAGCGUGCCGAGUCAAUAAUUCGGAAACAUAAAACGGGUAGUGAAACUGUGAUUCUAAAAAUGAAGUUGUGUGACGAAUAAUUAAGAUGAUAUAUCGAUCAAAAUUUUGUGAUUUUUUAUUCAUUCUUUCGCGCGUGCACAAAAUUGAAAUUCUCCAUUUGGUUUACAAUUUAUUAAAGUUACGACAAAAUAUGGACAGUAUAAUACACUUUCGAUAUAACUUUUAGGACAAAAUUACGUGGAUUGGAUGAAACGUUCUCGUUUCGUGCAGCAAUAGAAAUAUUUUUCACCUAAAGGUGCCUUGCAACAAUAGUACUAUUGCAAAAUCACGAUUAAUGGAUGUCGCAUUGUCAUUGUAGAGUUGAUUCUUAUUUAUGAAAAAAUUGCGGCAAUUUCACAGACGUUUAAGUCAUAUCAAUUGCGUGUCGAAUCUGAUUAAUAAUGCCUGGUCCAUCAGUUAAUGUUAGGUUCCUACGUUGAUAAAUCAUUGUAACUAGACUCAUUCAAGAAACAUUUGUACAUAAUUGUAUGAUUCAUUUCAGUUAUCGAUGUACGAUAAGGAUAUUUGUAAAGCGAUACCAUAUUACGGUAUCGUGGCAUCAGAGUACUAUUCUUUUACUAGAGUUAAUUCCUUAUGACCAGCUAAUAAAAAGAGACUAAAAUAUCGAAGAACUAAGAAAUUCCGUUAUUUUUAUACACGAGAACAUUACAAUUUUCAAAUAUGUAUCACGUUCUAUUAAACAGAUCUUCACGAAUUGUUAUUAAUCUUAUAAUCCUGAUCCUGUAUCGAACAGGAUACCAAGGGGAAUUCCUGGGUGUUGGAGGAACAUGGAACUUGAACGAAGACAAAAAUCCGGACGCAGAAAUCGUUGCGUCUGGAGUUUUAGUGGGAUUUUUCAUAUACACCAGCGUUGUUCUAAUUACUUAUUGCUUUGGCAAUUCGUCUCACAAAAAGACACUUGUUGAAAUUAUAAUGAACUUCGUUGGAACCUUCAUGUUCAUCGCUGUAGGUGGCACAGCACUCCAUUAUUGGCACGGAUAUCAAUCAGAAAAUAAAUUCGAUACGAUUGUCCAGGAACGACAGGUCGGCCUAGCUGUUGGAUCGUUGUGCGUUAUCGAGGGUGCAGCGUAUCUCGUCGAUCUAAUAUUAAGCGUUCUACAUUUUGCAAAAAGCCACGAUGAAUAUUUAGAAUAAAGUCACGUUUCACGUAACAUAUAGAAUAGUAAUCUCGCCACAUUUUUUUCCAAACGAUGUCAUAACAGAAAGAUAAACAAAUCCUCCGACGUUUGAAAUAAAAGUUCAGUAUAUGUCUGUCAUCUGCAUAAUGCCAAAAUAAUUUAUCUAAGAAAGGAAGAGGAUUAAAGUUAAAGUAAAUCGUUGUUAAAUUAAAAAUUAGAUUACAUUUUUUAUAAUUACAAUUAUAAUUACAACUUUGUACUUGAAUUAUCGACAAGAUGUACUACUGCAUAUACAAUCUAUAUGAUAUCUGUCUAUAUUAUAGAUAGUAAAAUGUAGAAAACAGUCUUUAAUUUUUAUAUAAUGUUGCUACAAUCUUGUCAGUAAUUUCGUUUCAUCAUUUAUACGACAAUUUAAUAUAUCUA